ACUUCCGGUUCUCCUUGGUCUCCGCUAUUAAUUCAAGUCUCGCAGCCAUGUCGCUGCGGUGGGGCCCGCUCCUACUGCUUCUCCCGGCCUGGGUGACCGCCGCGACCAGUGUGACCCGGUGUGGCUCAGACAAGUAUGAGCUAAAGAACCGCGGCCUGUGCUGCCCCCUGUGCCCGGCAGGCCAGCACGUCAGCAAACAUUGUGACGGGACCCAGUCCACACAGUGCAGCCAGUGUGAGCCUGACACCUUCACGGCCCAUCCCAACAGUGAGACCAGCUGCCUGCCGUGUGCUCAGUGCCGGGACGAUCAGGAGAAGGUGACUUCAUGCUCCCCGACCAGGGACCGGCAGUGCCAGUGCAAGACAGGGUCCUACUACUGUGACUCAGGGGACUGUGUGGAGAUGUGCUACCGCUGUACCAGGUGUGAAGGCGCCACCCUUCAUCCGUGCAAUGCCACACAGGAUGCCAUCUGUGCUGCAGAAACGAGCCCAGUGCCAGGAAACCCAAACAAGGACUGGCUCAUCCCUGUGUCUUUGGGUGCGUUCGUCGUCGUUAUCGUUGGCGGCUACAUCAUCUGUCGCUGUAGAAGACGACGUGUGCGGCAGCUUUUGCAGCAGGUUGUCCAUUUCAUGAAACGUAAGUCCUGUGAAUUACGCACCUUUCCUUUCCCUCACGGGAGUUGUUGUCCGGUUAAUGUGAGUUAUAGCCACGCGCCACUUAGUGAUGGGGACACGUGCUGAGAAAUGCAUCGGGAGGCGAUGGCGUCGCGAGCCCACCUCAGCGUGCACUUACACCCCCCCAGGGGGCACACCUACCCCACACCUGGGCUGCACGGGAGAGCCUGGCGCUCCCAGGCCACCCGCCUGGACAACAUGUUACAGCACAAAACAACACGAGAUUAAACCAGCACCAGAGACAACGAUGCCAUCACGACACGCGGUGAACACGAGGCGUGUGAGACUACUGCCGGGCAGCACGGCACGCUGUUUUACAGCAGAGCUUGCAUUUUAUAAGUAGAAAGAGCACUCUAACAUAAUGAUAAAAAUUGUGCUAACUACCUAACACAGGAGUGUGGUUGAGUGUUAUCGUUGUCAGGUUCUAUGUGCUGAACAUAAUGUACAGUGUGUGUGUCUGGCAGCGCGGGAGACCACAAUUGCAUGUGGAAUGCGUUUUCCUAUGUCGGCAUGGUGUCACUGGGCGAUGGGAAUCUUUCGGCUCCAUUAGAAUCUUCCAGGACCACCCUCAUUUAUGGGCCACUGUUGCCCGAAACGUCGCUGUGCAGCGAUUGCAUGAGCGUUUUUUCACU